AUGUCAGAAAAAGAUUUGCAUUACAAUGUUCAAUCUGACCAUAAACUCUCUUCAUCUGUGAAGCUUUUUGGUAUAGUGGUGACUAAUCGCGAGAAAUCUCCAGUUACAGAGCAACCUGAUCUCGACAACAAGAGAUAUGAGUGCCAAUACUGUCACCGAGAGUACAGUAACUCUCAGGCCUUGGGUGGCCAUCAAAAUGCUCACAGGAAAGAGCGGCAAAGAUCAAAGCGAGCCCAGUUCUUGAGCGAUCCACGUUAUCGACCACUAGGACUCACAUUGCCUCUUAUCAGUGCCCCUGCUGCUCCAUCAGGACAGAUGGUUUACUCAGGCACCCCCUCGGUUCAGUCGCGUGUACUUUUAUCAGGAGUUCCUCUUAGAAACCGUAGGAAAGUCUUCGUUGGACAGCCGUGUUUUAACACCGUGGUGCCACUGAAUGUUGAGAGUUCGAGGUCAAGAUCAGCGGAUGGCAGGCCAGCAUUGGACGGAUUAGAUGUUGAUCUUCACCUUUAG